AUGGUUCUCCGGUUAUUGCCGCUCCUCAUCGUUGGGACCACGGCGGCUGCGACGCCGAUUCAGACAGCAUAUUCGACUUGUAAGAACAUUCCAGGCGAUGCCGGAUGGCCAGGCCCCGGAGUGUGGCAUCAUUUAAACAACACAGUGGGUGGAAGGCUUAUUGGGACUAUCCCCGUGGCACAUAUUUGUCACAAUGCCGGCAUUUACCCCGCGUUUAAUGAGACAGCAUGCGUCGCGCUUCAGGAAGCGUUUAGCGAUGCAGGCGCACAGACACUCGAACCACAACCGGGUGAAAUGUUAAAUCCCUACUUUAUGAAUACAUCCUGUUCUCCGUUUACAUCGCAAUCCCUGCCUUGCGAGCUCGGCAACCGUGCUGUCUAUUCUAUCAAUGUGACUGGCCCCGCUGACGUGCAGGCUGGCUUGAGAUUCGCCAGCGAUCACAACAUCCGUCUUGUUGUCAAAAAUACAGGCCUUGAUUAUAUGGGCAAGUCAAGCGGUCAUGGAGCACUAUCCUUAUGGAUGUACAACCUGAAAUCCAUCGACGUGAUCCACCACUACGCUAGCACUCACUAUCUGGGCGCGGCUGUGAAGCUCGGAUCUGGAGUGAUCGCUGGUGAUGCCUAUGAAGCCCUAAAUGGGACAGGAUACCGCAUUGUCGCGCCCGAAUGUGGCCUCACCGGCAUCGCUGGCGGCUAUCUUCAAGGUGGCGGCCACUCGCAGCUUGUCACCAAGUACGGAGCGCCCGCUGACCAAGUCCUCGAAUGGGAACUGGUCACACCCGCCGGAGAGUAUCUCAUUGCCACUCCAGAGCAGAACACAGACCUGUACUGGGCGCUCGCUGGCGGUGGAGGGGGAACAUACGGAGUUGUGCUCAGCGUGACCAUCAAAGCGCACCCCGACGGGCCUGUUGCCGGAGGGACUUUGAUCUUCAACAAUACCAAUGACGCCGCGUUCUGGGAAGCCGUCGGCAUCUGGUUCCACACAAGCCCAUCAUUCGUGCAGAACACUACCAACAAUGUUCAGUUCCUGGUUACAAACGCCACCCUCCAAGUGUUUAGCUUCGUACUGCCCGACCAAAACACUUCCGCCAUCCACGACCUCGUGGCUCCCUUCCUGGCGGACUUGAAGCGCCUCAAUCUCGCAUACGAGUUGAAAACCACCCAGUCAAGCACCUACGCCGACAGCCUGGCUACAGCGUACGGCCCCUUUCCUUACGGAAAUCUGUGCCCGACCUACCCCAUCAUCUCCAGCCGGCUUAUCCCCCGCGCGACGGUCCUCAACUCGACAUCCAAUGCCCAGCUGAUGAACACAUAUCGCUCCAUCACGUCCGAUGGCACCUGGUUCGUCGGGUGCUCCAUCAUCAACGUGGCCGAAGGGUCUCCCAUCCGUGGCCCGCACCCGCCGAAUGCAGUCCAUCCAGCCUGGCGCAAGGCCAUCGCCUACUGCAACCCCAACAACCCCUGGGACUGGGAUGAUCCAGGGAAGAGCCUCGCCUUGAAACGGCAGCUUGUGGAUGAGUUCUUCCCAGCUGUGGAGGCAGCGACGCCCGGGUCUGGGGUCUACCUCAAUGAAAUGGAUCCGUUGUAUACCGGCGAUUGGAAACAGACGAUGUACGGGGAUAACUAUGACAGAUUGCUAAGAAUCAAGCAUGCACAUGACCCGCAUCGCUUGAUGUAUGCGCACUUCGCGGUGGGUGCGGAUGAGUUUACUUUGGAUGAUGAGGCAAGGCUCUGUCACGCUUGA